GCUGAGGCGCUGAGCGCGAGCUACCUGUAGGAACCGAAGGAGGCAGAACCAAAGCGGCACCGUUAUCUUCACCCCACCGGAACCAGCCCGGUUCCUCCUUAGGUUAACCGCUUGUGCGCACUUGUAAACGCUAAAGAUGACCCUCCGUUAUCUCCCUUUCAUCUUUCUUUUGGGAUUUGUCGCUAAAGGAAUGACAGCUGCGAAUGAAAGCACACCUAACAAUACCACUGAUGAGGGUCUUCUGGAUGCAAAUUCUACAGCUUCUUACAUGACAACAAGCUCAAGCAAUCAGUUCACAAGCAAUGUGCCAUCCAUUGCAAUAGAUACCACAGUUCCAGAACAUGUCACAGGAGAAUUUACCGGUAAAAGUCUGACUGCAGAGAUGAGCAGUGAGCCAAGGACCAUGGCAGACACGACCAACAUCACAAUCAACAGUCAAACUAACUAUCCAUCCACUCUAGUUACUUCUACAACAAUUGCGGUAACAGAGCCAGAAACGAGUCAUUCCUCCACCAGUGAGACUACAGAUACAACCAGUGGCACACAUAUUACACCCACAAAAGAGGUGACUACAAUACGUAUGACUACUGCAUCCACAAAGACAGAGACAUCUACAGGUACAAUGAUGAUAUCUGCAAAUACAGAGUUAUCUACAGGUUUAUCAGUGACACCUGCAAACACAGGGACAUCUACGGGUACAGCAAUGACAUCUGCAAACACGGAGACAUCUACAGGUACAACAAUGACAUCUGCAAACACAGAGACAUCUACAGGUUUAUCAGUGACACCUGCAAUAACAGGGACAUCAACAGGUACAAAAAUGACAUCCGCAAACACAGAGAAAUCUACGGGUACAACAAUGACAUCUGCUAAUACAGAGACAUCUACAGGUACAUCAAUGGCAUUUACAAACACAAAGCCGUAUACAGGUACAUCAAUGGCAUAUACAAACACAGAGGCAUCUGCAGGUACAACAAUGACAUCUGCAAACGCAGAGUUAUCUACAGGUUUAUCAGUGACACCUGCAAACACAGAGGCAUCUACAGGUACAUCAAUGGCAUUUACAAACACAAAGCCGUAUACAGGUACAUCAAUGACAUAUACAAACACACGGACAUCUACAGGUACAAAAAUGACAUCUGCAAACACAGAGACAUCUACGAGUACAACAAUGAGAUCUGCAAGCACAGAGGCAUCUACAGGUACAUCAAUGGCAUAUACAAACACAAAGCCGUAUACAGAUACAUCAAUGACAUAUACAAACACACGGACAUCUACAGGUACAAAAAUGACAUCUGCAAACACAGAGACAUCUACGGGUACAACAAUGGCAUAUACAAACACAGAGGCAUCUGCAGGUACAACAAUGACAUCUACAAACACAGAGGCAUCGACAAGUACAACAAUGACAUCUGCAAACACAGAGACAUCUACAGGUACAUCAAUGGCAUUUACAAACACAGGGACAUCUACUGGUACACAAAUCACACACACACAUGCUGUAACAACUACAAACACAGAAAUGAACACAGGGACAUCUGUCACAUCCACAAACAUUACAAGCAGGCCAAUGACACCAACAAGCAUCAACCAAAGUGGAGCUACAUCUUCCCAAGUCCACAAUACAGCGUCUGGCCAAACUACUGAAACCACUACUACAAAUCCAACAACCACCUUUUCCAACACUACUCUGACCUCUGCUGCCACCAUCAGUACUGUCCUCACCAUCAGCAAUGACCCUACCAUCACUGUCACCACCAUCCGACCAACAGAUAGCACCUUUUUCCCCGCUCCCACACCCACAGUUUGUCCAGCUUUCCCAUGUCCUUUCGGGAGCGUCUGUCUCAACGGCACCUGCCAGUGCAUUUCAGGCAGUUAUCUUUCAAAUGGACAGUGUGUACAAGCCCAAGUCUUCCCAGGAAGCCUUCGUGUCACCUCCUUAACAUUUGAUGUUCAGAUGAGCGACAGGACUUCAAGCAAAUUUAGAGAAACAGCAGCAAAUAUCACGGCAGCACUCAGAGAUGCCCUAAAAAAUGAGCCGGGGUAUAUCAAAUCUGAUGUAAUUCAACUGCAAGCUGGUAGUGUGGUAGCAAGCGUGAAUAAUAUCUUUGAAAACACCAAUGCCUCCGAAGAGUCUUUUAAACAGAUCAUCGAUGAAGCUAUAUCCAAAUCCACAGGGUUAUUGAAAAAUGCUACCUUUGAAAGCACAUUGCUGUGUGAGCAGGUACCAGUGCCUUGUGAAGCUGCUUCCACAGUGUGUACCAACCAAAACGGUCGGGCUGUUUGUUCCUGUAAUGAGGGCUACAUCUCCACUGUCUUCUCAAACACCAGCUGCAAAGCUUGUCCAAGUGGUCAGACGGCAGUGGGAAACAAGUGUGAACCAUGUUCUUUUGGAUAUGCUGGCUUCAACUGCAAUGACUCGUCUCUUCUGGCCGUUGUAAUCAUCUCCGUCGUACUUGGAGGAGUCCUUCUGAUCCUGGUUCUGGCUCUGCUCAUCUACUGCUGCUGGGGGAGAUGCUCUUGCAGGAGGCCUAACUUUGGCAGCAGUCCAUACAAUGAAGACUUAAGCAAAUCCUGGCCUGCAGACAUCACCCCCAUCCCACGAGCCACCCUCAGCUGGGACACAGCUGGUGCCAUUGAAAUGACAGAAGGGGGCAGCACCAACACACUGGUGGAGAAAAAUCACCACAGCAACGGCUUGGGAUCUCAGCUGAAGCAGAAAAUGUGGAAAAAGUCCGCGUCCUACGAUCUCAACACAGAUGACAUGAAGACAUUCAAAGGUAAAAACACAUCCCGCUAUUCAUACCUGGUCGAAGGCCACGAGAAUCCGUACUUCCUGCCAGGAGACGAGAACAAGAACUGAUGCGAGCGGAUAACGGAGAAGUGACAGAUGGGAGCAUGUGGCACAUUUCCUGACAGGACCAAGAUUUUAUCAAGAUGCUUUCCUCUUAAGGGCGACUCGGGUGAACCAUGAAGGACACGCUCAGAAGCAGGCUAACCAAAGAAAUUAUUCCAGCAGAGAUUCUGUGCAACCAUGAAAAUAUUGCUCUUUCUGUAGUAUAUAUCUUUUUAAUGAUGCAUUCUCCUUUUUUUAUUCUAAAGAAAUACAUGUCUGAUCUUUUAAAACUGAGCUUAUUAUGACAAUUUCACCAGUGUGUGUAAAGUUUACCUCCAUUUAUAUCUUAAAUCAAAUGUGAAAUGUGGGGAAAUUUGGGGCUUUCUGUAGGUUUUCUUUAAGCCAUAAUCAUUUCUUAUAGAACCAAAUUGUCCGUUUGUGAGGGGGCUGGAUCCCUACUUUGGGCUGUAAUGAGGGGGGGUUUUAUCUUAUAGCAGUCAAACACUGAGUCUUUAUUGCAGCUUCAUGUGUAAAAUGUGCCUGUUUUAGUGGUCAGUUUGACAAAUAGGAAACAUGCAAAACUUUUCAGAAUUUAUUUUUGGAUGUGCCAAUGAUCACAGAUACAAUUCUCAUGGAGAUUCUUUAUACGUAUAUUUAUCCUUUUUUGUGUGGGCCUAUUCAUUGUUUUUUUAUGUGUGCAAAGUUUUUGUACAUGACAGGAGAGAAUGUGUGUGAAAGAAAUAAAUUAAUUUAAACAAAA